AUGUCGACCACCUAUACCGGGAUGCUGGACGCAAUGCCCCCUAUGGACGUUGGCCUGCGGAGGACGAUCGUGUCCUCUUUCUGGUACAGACCAACAGCGAUACGCCCCUGCCAAACUACCCUCAGACCGUGCCUCUACCACAAGACCCACUACGUGAUCGUCAAUGUGAGGGAGCAGCCAGCCGCCGUCGAGGUAGACGAUUUCGUCGCAGACAAGGCUAUGGACUGGAUUCUGGGUCGAUGCGACAUAUCCGUCCUCGUCAACAUUGCCACCUUCCUCGCCGUCUUUGCCUUCUUCCUCGACAGCUUCGCGGCCCUGCCCUUGGAGACGCAAGUGUCCCGGGAACGCAGCAGAAGUCGAGAUGAUGCUGAAGAUGAGGUA